AUGGCCACCCAACCAGCAUGGCUCGACAAGGGCGACAAUGCCUGGCAAAUGACCGCUGCUACCCUCGUCGGGCUGCAGUCCGUGCCAGGACUCAUGAUUUUGUACGCAGGUAUCGUCAAAAGCAAAUGGGCCAUCAACUCCGCUUUCAUGGCAUUUUAUGCCUUCGGCGCCGUCCUCAUCUGCUGGGUCAUUUGGGGCUAUAAAAUCGCAUUCGGAAAACACAUGCUGCCAUUCGCUGGCAUACCAGGCCCAACACUGUCAAUGGAAUACGAACUCACCCAAGCCUUAUUACCAACCUCCGGAAUCAGCGCCAAUUUCCCAAUGUCCGUCAUGGUCUACUUCCAGUUCGUUUUCGCAGCCAUCACUCUCGUCAUCACAGCGGGCGCCUUCCUCGGCCGCAUGAACUUCCUCGCCUGGGUCAUCUACGUGCCCCUCUGGCUUACCUUCUCCUACUGCGUCGUUGCCUACUCCAUCUGGGGCGGCGGCUUUCUUGCGGUCCUAGGCGUCAUCGAUUACUCUGGAGGCUACGUGAUCCAUCUCUCCUCCGGUACCGCAGGCUUCGUAGGCGCAUGGUGGAUCGGACCCCGCCUAGACGCGGACCGCGAAGACAACCGCCCCAACAACAUUGGCUCCGUCUUGAUAGGAGCAGGUAUCCUCUGGCUUGGCUGGAACGGCUUCAACGGCGGUGACCCCUAUGCCGCCAGCAUAGACGCGGGCGUUGCUGUGCUGAACACGAACAUCUGCGCCGCCAUGAGCAUGCUCUGCUGGAUGCUUUGCGACGUUGUCUACUACGGCAAACCCUCCAUCAUUGGCGCCGUCAACGGCAUGAUCUGCGGUCUGGUCGCCAUCACCCCGGCCGCAGGUGUCAUCGCGGGCUGGAGUGCUAUCGCCAUAGGUCUUGGAUCCGGUACCGUGCCCUGGCUCUCCAUGAACAUAUUCGGCAAAAAGGUCGCAUUCAUGCGCUCCGUUGAUGACGUCCUUGGUGUCUUCCACACCCAUUUUGUCGCUGGUAUUGUCGGGGGAUGCGCCACCGGUAUCUUCGCUACUAUAUCCGGCACCACGGCAUUUGCUCUCACAAACCCCGGCGGUGCGAUCGCGGGAAAUGGCGUGCAAGUCGGCUACCAGAUUGCAGGCGCCAUGUUUGUCAUUGGCUGGAAUGUCGUAUGGACAAGCUUGAUCAUGUGCUUCAUAAAAUAUGUUUUGCGUAUUCCAUUGAGGAUGUCUGACGAGCAAUUGUUAAUUGGUGAUUAUUCCAUGCACGGCGAGGAGGCAUAUGUGUUUGGUGAAGGGACAAGUGCUUUUGUGAAUGGGCCCCUGAGGGGAAAGGAAACUCAUGGUGCCGCUAUGGGUGAGGACCAGGCGGGCAUUAUUAUGGGGAAGAAUCCGGAGGUUGAGGAGAGACAUACUGGGUCGGGCUCGGGCAGUGAUCCCGUCGUGGAUGAGAUCAAGCGAGAUUAA